UCCUUGUAUUGAAUUCAAUUAAGCUCUCUGCACCCUCCCAACCCCGAAUGGGAGCAUCAUCAUCACAUUGAAAAGAAAAGAAAAGAAAAUCAAUGGCGGAAACCGCUUCACCAUCUUCCAAACCCUCACCAAUGGACCCUCAAAUUCAAAACCCCGCACCCUCCAACUCCAACUCCAACCCUCCAAUCCCUUCCCCUUCCCCUUCUCACAACAUGGCCUCUCCCUCUCUCCCACCCCUCCCCCAAGACCAACAACAACAACUUCAGCAACAGCUAAGUCCCCCUCAACAACAACAACAACAACAACAACAACAACAACAACCUUUGGUUUCUUCGAACAGCAUGAACAACAUGAACCCUAUCUCCAAUUUCCAGCUCCAGCAAUCCAUGCAGCGAUCGCCUUCCCUCUCGCGCCUCAAUCAGAUUCAGCCUCAGCAGACAACGCAGCAGCAGCAGCAGUUUGGUGUCAUGCGCCAGCAGGCCGGAUUGUACGGCGGACAGAUGAGCUUCGCCGCCGCGGGUGGUGCCGGUGCCGCUCAGCAGCAGCAAUUGGGAGGGUCGAAUCUGUCGCGGUCGGCGUUGAUGGGGCAGAGCGGGCACUUCCCCAUGCUUUCCGGGGCUGGAACGCAGUUUAAUUUACUCUCCUCGCCAAGGCAGAAAGGUGGGCUAGUCCAGUCGUCUCAAUUCUCUUCAGGUAAUUCUGCUGGACAAUCACUGCAAGGAAUGCAAGCAAUGGGUAUGAUGGGGUCGCCAAAUCUCACCUCGCAACUACGAGCAAAUGGAGCCAUGGCUUAUGCACAGCAGCUGCGUAUGAGUCAGGGUCAAAUCAGGCAGCAACUAUCCCAGCAAGGUUCACUUAACACUGCACAGGUUCAAGGUUUACCAAGGUCAUCAUCCCUUGCUUUUAUGAGUUCUCAGUUGUCUGGGUUGUCUCAGAAUGGACAACCUGCAAUGAUUAACUCUUUAACACAGCAACAGUGGCUUAAGCAAAUGCCAGCAAUGUCUGGCCCUGCCGCACCAUUGCGUCUUCAACACCAGAGGCAGCAGCAGCUGGGUUCUUCUACCCAAUUGCAACAAAACUCCAUGACCCUGAACCAACAGCAAUUGUCCCAGCUGAUGCAGCAACAGAAAUCGAUGGGGCAGCCUCAGCUGCUUCAGCAGCAACAACAACAGCAGCAGCAGCCGCAGCCUCAACAGCUGCAACAACAGCUUAUACAACAGCAGCCACAACAACAAUCUCAUCUACAAGUUUCGGUCCAUCAACAGCAACAGCAACAGCAACAGUCUCCAAGGAUGCCAGGACCUGCAGGCCAAAAGUCACUUAGUCUAACAGGAUCACAGCCAGAUGUGACUGCAUCUGGCGCAACUACACCAGGUGGUAGUUCUAGCCAAGGAACUGAAGCUACAAACCAAGUCCUUGGGAAGAGAAAGAUACAAGAUUUAGUUGCACAGGUGGAUCCACAAGGUAGGCUGGACCCCGAAGUUAUAGAUCUUCUUUUAGAGCUUGCUGAUGACUUCAUUGAUUCUGCAACUACACAUGGUUGCAUUUUGGCGAAACAUAGAAAAUCGUCAACUUUGGAGUCCAAGGAUUUAUUGCUACACCUAGAGAAAAAUUGGGAUUUAACAAUUCCCGGAUACUCAAGUGAAGAGAAGAAGAAUCAGAGCAAACCUCAAUUAAAUGACCUUCACAAGAGGCGCCUAGAUAUGGUUCGCACAUUGAUGGAAUCCUCAUCCUCUGAGUCGAGUAUUAACAGCUCUAAAGAGAUGAGUAGACAGGGCAUUUCUAAUCCUCCCCCUGUAGGAACCCAUCAUCUAGUAAGACCCUUGAGUCCAGAGCAGUUGGUUUCUCAUGCAGCUGGUUCUCAAAUGCUACAGCAGAUGACAAGGUUUUAAUGAACCUCUGAUUUUGGUCUUCAUGCUGCUAGGUUUGAUUGCCUGUAUGCAGGUCUGUGAAGAGAUCGCUUGCUGAAACUGAUUAGCAUACAAGGGAACUGUAAUUACUUAGUAUUUAGACAUGAAAAAUAGUUGUUAAAAGGAUCCCAGUUAUUGACUACCUCUUGUUAUUUGCCCCAACCCCUAUAUAGUCAUCUCGUUUCGCUGUUUGAGCCUAAUUAAUUAAUUAAUUAAUUAUGGAUUUUUAAUGUACAUUGGUGCCUGAAUCGAGUUUAUUUGUUGUCUAAACUUACACUUUCUUGGAUACUUGCUUUUUGUUUCUGAUUAACAAGGCAAAGCUGGUGUAAAGCUUUUCAAUUU